AACAAGAGAUGAGUAAAAGCCAGCGUGAACCUCCUACUGAACCUGAGAACCAGUUUAUAUUGCGUCUGCCUCGGGAACAUGCUUCUACGGUCAGGGAGAUGAUACGUUCCGGACGUGCUGCCAUGAAAGAUAAGCUAAAAAUUGACUUAUCUUCUGACAAACGUCAUGCGAUUGUUGAGGUGGAAGAUGUCUCACUAAAUGCUAAGCUGGUUGACUUGCCUUGCGUUAUUGGAAGCCUGAAAACUCUUGAUAACAAAAUCUUUUAUAAAAUGGCAGAUAUUUCCCAGAUGCUUGUGUGCACCACGGAUGGUGAUCUCCACUCUUCUCCGGAAGAACCAGUUGCUUCUGCUGAUCUUAAAGUAAUGGGGAAAAAUAAAAAGGCGAGACUGAAAAAAUAUGCCUGGAAGCAUGGCAUUACUCCACCACUUAAGAAUGUCAGAAAGAAAAGGUUCCGCAAAACAACAAAAAAGCCAGUUGAUUUCAAACAAAUGGAAGAAGUCAGCUUUACUGAGGAAAAAGACAGUCCUGCAAAACACAGCGUGUUAAACGACAUUACUGGUAUUCUCCCUUCCCCUACUCUGGUUCAGUACAUUGACUCUCCUGAUGUAGAAAAGGAAGUGAGAAGACUGCUGUGUUCAGAUACUGAAGCUGUCAGUGCCCGAUGGGAAGUCAUUAUUGAAGGUGAAACCAAAGAGAUAGAAAGUCAAGGCUUCAUUCCAAGCUUUGAGAUAUCCUCAGGCACAAGUAGCUAUGAGCAGGGUCAUAGCUCAUCAGAAUAUGGUAUAUUUCGGGAGAGGCGCAGUCAGUCCACCAGUAACAGUGAUGAUGAGGAGGAUGAUGAUGAUGAUGACGACGAUGAUAAAGUGGAUGAUUAUGAUUACGAGGAUGAAGAGGAAGACUGUCAUGAAGAGAAUCUGCAAAGGGAGCUACAGGCCAAGUUAGCUGAAUUUGACCAGUAUGAAUCAAAGGAAGGAGCCAGUUCAAUAGUCGUGGAAAUUCAGAAGCAAAUUCAUUACUUUGAGAAAAAGCUCCAACAGGUUCGGUGCAAAGAACAAAGACAGAAAGAUCUCAUCAGGAAAGUGGAAAACCUGACACUCAAGAAUCAUUUACAUUCUGUUCUGGAGCAGCUUAAGUUACAGGAAAAACAAAAAGAUGAGCAGAUCUCUUACCUACAGAAAAAGCUGAAGUACUUUCUGGAGAAGUGAGGGGAGCCUUCAGCCUGGCACACAAACCUUGGAUUCCCCAUGCAGACUGAAGACUGCAUGAAAUUUCAUGUUUCUGUUUGUUUCAUUGCCCUAUGUUGAAUCGUUUUUAUGUUUCUCUGAGCCGUUUUUACUAAUCACAUUUGAAGUUUGUAGUCAUGUAGAAAAGGACAGAAUAUUUAAAAAAAUAGUAGACCUAAAGACCCAACUCAACUAGGACACUUUGCUUCUCUUUUUUAAUUUGACAGUCACUUACAUUGUUCUAGGGUGCCUUCAGAUGAUUUAGUCAUGCGUGCCAAAGACAGUGUAGCCUAAAGGCCAUACAGCUAAUUUGCAUAUGUUUUAGCUUUUCAUUCUUCUGUUUGCUUUAAACAUUUCCUAAAACAUAGAACAAAUCAAGUCAUUUUACCAAGGGCUCGGACUGGCCACGGUGAAUUUAAGUGCCUACCUCACGGCAGCUAUUAUAAUAGGUUGUGUCCUGUCUCUGUUCAAGUAAUAGGGACUGCUUUCCUGCUCAGGGAUGAUUUCUUGCCACUAUCUUUAUUCUGCUGUUGUGUUUUCAGGAUUGUGGCUAGUUGUUAUUUGCCAGUGAAGGAAAUAGUUAGAGCAGAGAUGAAAUUCUAAGCUGUUGUCCUUAUUCUGAGCCUCUUCAUCCUAACCCCCAUCGGAAAAAGUUAGGAAAAACCAGAUGCCUGUGAAAAAACCCUAUGUGGUUUUGUUUUUUCAGCUGUAUUGUUAAGGUUUUCCACUCUGUAUUCUUUAAACAAUAAAUA